GUACGGCAACGUCAUAUUAAUCCCCGCAAUGGCGGAGAAAACAGUCCUGGAUAAAGGGUCAUCGUUUAUGGAUCCUUUCAAAGGACUUUUACUGACAUAUUUUAUGCCCGAAUCAUGUUACGACGAGUUCUUUCUCAAUUUCAACCUAUUGGACGUACCAUGUCUGAAGAUUGUGCUGAGCAAAGGCCUAGGGGUCGGCAUCAUCCUCGGAUCAGUGAUGGUGAAGCUGCCUCAGAUCUUAAAGCUGAUGGGAGCAAAGAGCGCUGAGGGACUGAGCUUCAAGUCUGUUCUGCUGGAGCUGCUAGCCAUCACAGGAACAAUGGCCUACAGCAUUGCCAACAAGUUCCCUUUCAGUGCCUGGGGUGAGGCUCUGUUCCUCAUGCUGCAGACCGUCACCAUUGGCUUCCUCAUUCAGUACUAUGGAGGAAGAACCAGCAGAGGUCUCCUCUUCCUGAUUGUGUAUUUUGGCCUGCUCAUCCUCCUGCUGUCUCCAGUCACUCCCAUGUCAGUGGUUACCUACAUGCAGGCCUCUAACAUGCCUGCAAUCAUCAUCGGCAGGAUGAAAUAG